AUGAAAACGCUCGCGGAAAUCCAAAGGUUGAGGCUGGCGGAGGAAGCAAUAAAGUCCUUAGACCCUGAGCCGCUUACAAUCCGCGUUUUGGGGAAACGAACUGCCCGCAGCAGCCACUUGGCACGAACCACCAUAAGCACGAUACAAAUCCCGCGAUUACAAAAUGAAACAGCAUUCUCAAGAAGAUGGAGUCUAAGGCAUGCUCUCUGCUCUGAUACGUCUAUAAUGGCCCUCUACAACCCAGAAUCCGGAGAGAUAUUCUACCUGGAGCAAGUGGGUUCUAUAUACUCCUCCGAUGAAUAUGAAAAUGUAACAACGCUGGAAGAUAUUGAUCGUUUAGGGGAAGAAGGAACCGUCUGGCAUGCUGUGUAUUCGGCAUUUAUCUACACAAGAUCUUCAUGCCCCUUUGCCGCUAACGGCUACUGGUAUACGAAGUAUCCAAAUCAUCCUUAUAUUUUGAUGAUGGCUUGGAUAUACCAGAAGAUGGGGAUAGAGACUAUGCCUGUAGUUUUACACGAAGAUUUGGUGGAAGGGCGGUACUUAACGACUUGGGAUGCAGUCAAAGCUAAAGGAGUUACCCACUUGUUGAUUCAUGGAGAUGCUCACCAUAAUGCAUUGAAGAAACGGCUGAAAAACUUCCGAUUUAAUUCAAAGGCACUUGCCAUCCGCAUACAGAAGAAUGAUUAG